AUGACUGCGCUUGCAGUUCAUACCAAUCAUGGCGACCCGAUACUGCCCGUCUCGCCUCCGGCCACAGCAAGAAGUCCUACGCCGCCGCCACGACCUGUUGCUGAUCGGGCCGCUACGCCCCUGGGCCUUGUCGUCGACGGCGACGGCUCCGGCCUGAGCAGACGAGAGAGCACCGAGGCUCCAAGACGUGUUGGCGGCGCUGGCAUGGCACGGACAGGGCAGAGGGCCGCGAACCCCUUUUCUGUCCAUGUUCCCUUGUCACCUGCCGAGACGCCAGACCUGCUGUUUGUCUCGCCCGCCCCUGUACAUGCCGACGGCGACGGCGUUGCUGGAAUUGUUGAUUCAGUGCCAUGUGCGGUCCAGGAACAGCAGCAGAGGCGCCCCGAUCCCAGCAUCGCGACAAUCUUGAAGAAUUCUAGCCCUGCUUCUUCUGGCUGUGGCUGUGGCUCUGUCCCUGUCCCUGUCCCUGUCUCUGGCGUUUGCGCUGUCGCCGGCUCUGCCUUGGCCUCACAGUCCUCCUCUGCUGCGUCUUCUCUUGCCUCGUCGCUCCACAGCCCCAGUGCGCCGACUACCAGACCCCAUCCAAUCCAGGCCCAGGCCUCAGCCCCGGAUGACCCUGGGGACCCCGCCAGCCAAAUAACAACGUCAACGCCGCCCCCUGAUCACGAUGCCAAACGUGGCUCUCCCGUCCAACUUGUCGACGCACGUCCACUUCGCACUGCAAGCGUGCGGGCAGACACGCGCAUCCUUCACCCCAAGCCCAUAGCCCGCUCGUCGCCCAUGAGCCACGGGAUCCCCGACAACGGAAUCCGAUCUGGAUCUGCGGCGGGCAACAUUGCUCAACUCGAAGCCACCGCCGAGCGGCUGUCCAUGACGAGCUCCAUUGACGGCGCAAUCCGCGACCUGCUCGGCGAGUUGAAGAGAAGUGACAGCAGGCGAUCAGCGAAGCUCGCCCUAGCCGCCAUGGCCUCAGUCGACGAAAAGACACCAUCCCUCGCUCCCCAGCUCGUUCGACACUUAUCUACUACCUCCUCCAUCGUCUCCACCAAUAUUGCUGCGAGACACGGUGGCUAUUCUCCUGCUGGCUUCGUCUUGUCACCAAACACAUCGCUUACGAGCCGCCUUCGGUCUGGCUCUGGCAACUCAUCCGCACGACCAGAUGCAGCCCAUGAUGCGAUCCUGUCCAGGCAUGGCCCUGGAAAGUCGUCCGUCCGGAGCGUUCGGUCCACCAGGAUGUCACUUGCCGAAAUCUCCGAGUCGGAGCCAAUAUCUUUGAAUCAAAAGGCCUUUGACGAAGCUGAUGCCGCCCCGCCACUUGAAGAAAAAAGCGCCGAGAGCCUUCGACUACGUGACGAAACGGUCGCGGAUAUGCUCAGCACCGACGUGCUUCACCAACUGCUUGAGGACAACUUGGAACUCCAACCAGAUCCUCAGCAUGCUCACGUGCGCUCGCAGCCCCCAGCGCCGUCGGGGCCGGCAGACGACCGACACAAGCAUCGUCCACAGAGCGCUCAUUCGACUGACACUUGCGAACAGGCUCGCGAUGCCUUCAUCGAUUUUGACGGAGUACACUGGGAGCCCCAAAACGAGGAAGACUUGUAUGUGCGACCGGACAUGGAGCCAGGUUUGCCGACACCUCGCCCCGCCCCCAUCUCCAUGGCUCGUCCGACCUCCUAUAUCGACCCUUCAACCGGCCAGCAGAUGCUAUACUACCCCGCACGUGUCCCUGCCAUGCUCAAUCUGCCCCCAAAGUUGUCUUCCAAGCCCAAGACUGCUACUAGGAACCAGAGACGGUCCCAGGUUCUGAGCAUGAUGAUGGACGCUCCUCAAGAAAUCUCUACGCACCCCCAGCGGAAGCGUCAGUCCACCUUUGACGAUCUGAAGGCCAUAUCCUCUGCUGCACAAGAGGCCCCGGCUCGAGGUUCAUGGUUGCCGGAUCCUGUUGCCAACCACCGAGACUCGUUUGCUGCGCUGUCCUCGUUCGACCCUUUCGGUGGUGGUGAAGCAAAGUCCCUGCACGCAGAACAAGACUCGCUGCCCACUCCGCCGCCCGAGCAGGCGGCAGAUGAUGAUGCGGCGCCAGAUUUUUUACGCCGCCCCGAACGAUUGUCAAAAGUGCUCAAAGAAGACCGGAAGUCAAAGGCAUCUAUGCUCGACACGUUGCCGCCACAGCUUAGAGCCAGCGCUUUCUUUGACCUGCCGUCCGUCGCACAUGAAGUGGAGAUCAAAGACGGCUCUGCCAUGGCCACUCUUGACAGCAUUCUGGACGCCUCUGCCAGUGCACCUGUUAGUGCCUUCACAGACCAUGUCUAUGCCGGCAAGCUUGGAUCCGAAGUAUAUGGGAAAAGGAAGAAAAAUAAAGCUCGUCAGUCUGUUGCUACUAUACACGGCCUUGAUCCAGAGCCUCUACCAAAAAAGAGAUCAUCUAUGAUGUGGCUAGGAAAAAGAAACUCUAGCCACGAUAGCGACGAACAGAAACGUCCCCACAGUAGUAUCGCGUUGACAAGACCAGAGGCGGACGGAUUCCAAGACGGACGGCAUACCCCGGGCAGUGUCGUCAGUGCCGAUGAGGCCAUUCGGGCUCAUGGCAGCAAGGCCGAGGACGAGGACGAGGACGACGGCGGGGAAGAGGAGUGGCCCGAGGCAGGGGGUUCGGAGGAUGCUUAUCUCGGUCCUCCCACGACGCUUCUUGCUGAACUGCAGUUGCGCAAGCAAGAGCAAAAGCAGCGAGUGAGAAACAUGGGUAAAGGCCUCCCCAAUGGGAUGUAUGCCACGCUGUUGGACAUGGACACGGUAGCAGAGGCUCAGAGGAAGAACCGUAAGAACAAGCGAGUCAAUCUGGCUUGGGAAGACCCGGGAGCACAUCUAGACCAGAACGGAUCCGACGACGAAGACGUGCCUUUGGCCAUUCUCGCCGCAAUGCAACGGGGAGCCAAGAAUCUGGCAGACCUGGAUCGACCCAUGGGCCUCAUGGAGCGCCGAGAGCAGGAGGACAACGAACCUCUCAGCCAUCGCCGAGCUCGUCUACAGGGUCUGGGUCCCCCGCCGCCCGUGUUGAACCAACGCCGCAGUGUUAUGUCUUUAUCUGCCGCUCAAGCUCUGGGGGUCCCACCGUCAAGUUCUCAAUUGGCGGUUACGCCGAGCCCUGAACCUGAAAUAGAGGAGUUGGAAGAAGAAACAUUGGGCGAACGACGCCGCAGACUUGCAGCCAAGGACGGGGAACUACCAAUGGCCCGCCCAGUGAGUUGCGCUUUUUCGGCCGAGCUAUUGAGUCAGUUUGGAGAUGCAAAGGACACAGCCAACGAAUCGAAGAAGAAACAGGGUGGCAGGAAGGAGGCCCAAGCUGCGGCCGCUUCUGGUGAGGAGGAGACGCUUGGACAACGCCGCCGACGACUGCAGGCAGAACGCGACGCUCGGCAGCGAGAAAUCAGUCACGGCAACUCGGUAGGCGAUCAGCCAGUGCAAGGGCCCCGACGGCGCCUCAGCCUUGCCGAUGUACUGGCCGCCCAUCCCAAGAGGGAAUCAGAGAGACGGACACGAGAGCAAAGCCUCUUGGUCGAGGAACAAAGACGUGCCGCCCAAGACCAGGACGCCAAGAUGGCAGCCCUGAGAAUGCAGAUGCCCUCUUCUCUCCCCCAAUCAGGUCUCGAACGAUCUGGCGGGUUCCUGGGGGGUGUCUUUAACGACGGCACGGGUGGCUCUGGGCACAGAGCGGGCUUGUCUAGCACUGCCGUCAACACGCAGGGCCUCUUGGCUGCCAAACGAUCGAGCAUGAUGACAAGUUACGGGCCCGGAUACGGACCUCCCACGGUGGGCCAAGCCGGGUACGGCGUAAUGAAUUCCUAUGGCCAACAUUAUGGAGGGAUGAAUACUAUGGGUUCCUUUAAUGGCCGGCCCGCAACGCAGAUGUACGGCGCAGGCAUGAUGCCCGUGGCUACGAACAACGGGUCUAUGGCUCGUGUCGAGCAAUGGAGAUAUGGCGUUCGGCCAUGA